AUGGCUCGAAACCCUGCCGCGGGCAACACGCCGUCAGCAGUACCCCACGCGGAACUGAACGGGACGUACGCUGAGGCCCAGCGUCUUCUUGAACAGUUCCUUGAGCAGGGAGAUCUCCCGGCCGUACAGAAGUCGAUCGAGCUAUAUGAGACCCUUCUCCGAGUCUCAAACGAUCCGUUCAGGGUACAGCGAAACUCGUCCUCUCCUACUCUAGUUAACUCGGAAGGAGAGGUCGUCGUCAAAGCCUGCGAUCUACCUCCACGAAGACAUCACGUACUCAUCCAGUUGACUCGAGCCCUUGAGGAGCGGUACCUCCACACUGGCUCUCAAUGCGAUCUUGCUUCUGCUAUGGAACAUGGUCAACAGGCUUAUUUCUGCUGCAAAAGGGCAGGUUUGAUCUGCCCUGCGGUCUGGGUGCUCUACGCCAGCGUGCUUGACAGCCAUGCCCACGACGCCAGUGACUCUGAAGAUCGGAGAACUGCGCGAUCGCUAUGCCAGGCGGCCAUUCCUUUAUGUGUUCCAGGACAUCCGUUUACCGCGACCGCUCUUCGUAUCCUUUCAUGGAUUGAUCUUCGGUACCAUGAGGUUACGGGCGCGCCAGAGUACAUCCACGAGGCGAUAGAUCUCCAACGACGAGCGUUGGCCCAGAUGCCCGUAUCCCGGAACCAGGACAGGCAUCGACAUCUACGCUGGUUAGGUACCUACCUGCGUCAGCGCUAUGAAUCUCUAGGCGAUAAUCGAGAUCUGGACGAGGCGAUCUCGAUCCUCACGCAAGCGAUGGGGCUCUGCCCUCCCGCUCACGUUGAUAGGCCCAAGAUACUUCUCGCCAUGAUCGUAUGGCUCCGUCGCAAGUACGAGGUCUCCGGAGAUAACGAGGAUUUUGACCGGGCGCUGGAGAUAGGAAGGCUGGCGCUGGAACAAGACUUCGCUCGAGGUCACACCCGAACCUUUUUGCUCGCCUCCCUUGCCGGUUUACUCGGGUUCAAACAUUCAACCACUACGUCACCUGGCCAUAAUCUGGACACCUGCAUUGAUUUGAGUCGUGAAGUUCUGCAGGGGAUUCCGCCUCGUAACGAGUAUCGCUGGAGAUGCACGUACGGACUGGCCAUCGCUUUGCACACGAAAUUCAAGCGAGAUGGGGACGUGCGUGAUCUCGAGGAGGCCAUUGAACUGGGACGGCAGGUCAUCGAAGCCCUUCCCCAUAGCCAUCCUGAUUGGUUCGGCUCCGCUCGCUACUUGGCAGAGUCACUCGCCGAGCGUUUCAUGCAGGUACGAGACAUCAGGGAUCUCGAUGAAGCACUUGCUCUCAGUUAUGCUGCUAGGGCGGCAGUCCCGCCCUCGCAACUCUUGCAUGGCUCGGUUACCUCCCUGAGAGCCUUCCUUCUAACCAUGCGGUUCGAGUCGCUUGGUAUCGUAGGCGAUCUGGAGGAGGCUAUAGCGCUGGCCGAGAGCCUGUGCGCGAGCAGAGAGACCUUGCCCGCCUUUCGCAAAAUGCAGGCACUGACGUGCUUAUCAAAAGCACUCCUUUUACGAGGGCGACACCUUGGUGACCCCGCCGAGAUUGAUCGAGCCAUUAACGAGUUGGAGUCGGUCAAAGGCCAAUGCAGAAUAUUCCUGGUGGAAGUGGAUGUCGAACAGCUCCGGGUCCUCGCCGCCUGUCAUAUGGCCAGAUUCCGUCUGACUCGUGAUGACGACGACGCCGUACGGUCAUUGAAUCUGCUAGAGGAAUCACUACGUUUAGUACCUGCAGGUUGUCUCGAUCGUUACCAAUGCCUAAUCGGGGUUGCUGAGUUAUACAUCGAGGGUAACACUCCGUAUCGAAACGUUCCCACCGCGUUAACGCAUUUCUUGGAAGCCCUUAUGGAUGAUCGCAUGGACGUUCGGUCGAGGUUACAAAGCGCGGAGGGUUUUCUAGAUAUCGUGAGGACACACCACGAGGACGUAUACGCCGCUCCAUAUCCCGUACCGUCGCAGCUUCUCGAGAUAUACGUCAAGGUCAUCUCCCUUCUACCCCGCAUCGCCUUUUUCGGACUUGACCUGCGUUCUCGUUUGCAGUCUUUGACGAGCGGUCAGAACAUCGCUCUCUGCGGCGCAUCAUAUGCGCUCAAUCAGUCCCUUCCGGAGAAGGCGCUCGAAAUCCUCGAGCAAGGUCGAGCGAUUUUCUGGACACACGCUCUGCGCUUACGAUCUCCAUUCGACGACGUGCCAGAGAAUCUGCGCGUCCGGUUGUCGGCUCUCGCGCGGCAGCUGGAUAGAGUUGACGACUGUGGGCGGGAUGAGAUCUCCCAGGGCCGGGACUCGCACGCUCUGGAAAAACACGCCGCCCGUAGGAGACGGCAGAGCGAAGAGUUCGCUACCUUGCUGGCGCAAGUCCGCAGUCAUCCGGGUUUAGAACGGUUCAUGCUCCAUGAUGAAUUUCGAGCGCUAGCCAAGGCUGCGGAGAGAGGGCCGGUGGUCGUGCUCAUUUCCAGCGCCUUAUCUUGCCAUGCGGUCAUUAUUGAGCGGACAGGCGGUACGAAGAGCAUCCGCCUCGACGGUGUAGCAGACACUUGGAUCAACGAGUCAUGUGCCGUUUGGAGUGCUACAAUGGCCAAGGCGAGGUCCUCCGUGGUGAACCGCCUGAAGAUGGCGAAGUGCGGGACGGUUGCUAAAACGGUGGCCCACAACAUCCUGCGCAGUAUGUGGGUGAACAUUGUGCGGCCAGUAUUCGAUGCGCUGGAACUUAAGCCUGCCGCGGGGAGAAACCGGCCACGGUUAUGGUGGUGCCCGACGGGGAACCUCACCCAUCUUCCCAUUCAUGCCGCAGGCGCCGAUGGAGAAUGGUGCUCGGACUACGUGGUGUCUUCAUAUACGCCCACUCUUGGUGCUCUCGUGGCGGCCAGAGCCGCGUCCACCCCAGUGAAAAAGCGCGACGUUAAGGCACUUGUCGCUGCGGUUCCUCGGCCUGCCACAGGACAAUGGGAUGUCCUUCUUUCCACGGGAGAGGAGGUCAUGGCCGUCACAACUGCUCUGCAGAAGGGGACAGUGAUCGGGGUGAGCCCGAGUGCGGAGGCUGGCGUUCCCGAUGGCGCGAUCACCGCGGGGGCACUGCUGGACAGGCUGCCUUCGGCGACCAUACUGCACCUAGCGUGCCACGGUCAUCAGGACCCGCAGGACCCGCUCAAGAGCGGGUUCGUGCUGCACGACGAAACGCUCACUAUCGAAAGGCUGGUUCCGGUACCGCUUCCGUGCGCGUUCCUGGCGUUUCUGAGCGCUUGCGAGACCGCGAAGGGACAUCAGGCGAGUUCGAUCACAUGA